AUGUCAACGUUAUUCAACCGUCAGCCGCAAGGUCAGUUUUUCAUUUCAAAUGGGAAUACGUCCCAAAUCCCGGAUCAGCUGUAUGUUCACCAGCAGCAACAACAGCAGCAACAGCAGCAACAACAGCGGCAGCAAGUGCAGCAGCAGCAGCAGCAGCAACAACAACAACAACAACAACAACAACAUACAUGGCUACAAUCUCAACACAACCACAAGAAACGCGUUAUCCCCAAUCACCUUGUACCUCACAAAAAGACUGCCUUCCAAAUCAGUGCCCCCAAUUCCAAUAAAAGUAACAAGAAAUUGGGUCACCCUUCGUUAUUAGUGUCUGACGAUCAAUUCAAUAUAGUUUCUUUUGGGAACAACAAGAAAAACGAAUUGGGACACGGCAAUUUGUUGGAUAGGAACAAUACUAGCUUAAGCGCGUUGUUUGACUCAGUUGGUGGAGACCUUACUCGUUUUGACGAAACCUUAAACGAUAGCUUUCAACAAGAUGACGCUGCUAGUUUGACCAACGGUACCAAUAUUCUCACCGAUGCGCCCCCAUUGAGAUCCAUAUACGAUUUGAAUGAGGAUUCUUUUGGCACAAGCAAGCCAUUGCGCGAGCAGUCUAAUCUGAUGAAGAAAAACCCAAAGGAGUUUAAUAAUCUAUUUAAAAGAUUUGAUUCGGGAGGAUCAGGAGAUGCUUUAGAUAAAGAGAAUUCAGAUGACAAGAUUAAGAAUGGACUGUUGAAUGAAUCUGAAACCUCUAUUAUUGUUUUCGGGUACCCUGAAAAUCUCGUUAGUCAAAUCAUCCAGUUUUUCAGACAAUUUGGCACUGUGCUUGAGAAUUUCACCGAUUAUUCUUGCACAGAAGGAGCUAAAAAGGGAGCCGAUUUUUUGAAAAAUCUCGAGAAGCAACAACAGAAUACACCAAUAUUCACUGGGAAGGGCUGGAUAAAAUUUACUUAUGACAAUCCAAACUCGGCAAUGAAUGCAUUGCAAGAAAAUGGAUCUAUAUUCAAUGGUAACUUGUUAGGAGUUGUACCUUAUCACAAGAGCGUUAUUGAAAAAUUGGAAAAGAAAAAAGUAUUUGCAAAUGAAGAUAUUGGAGACGGAAACUUGUCGACUUCUUUGGCAACAGCGUACAGUGAGAGUAGUCAAACAAAACGAGGCAAGGCCAGUGACAUAAUUACUCCACCCUCCUCUUCCUCUUCCUCCUCAUCCACUUCUGCAGCAAACAAGACAUCCUACGUUGAAGUGAAAGAAGGAAAGCAUUUUUUUAUAAACCCCGAGGACGCAAAGACAGAAGGGAAAGAGAAUAAUGCAAAUAAACCAAAAUUAGGUUUAAUGAGGUCAUUGUCUAAGUAUAUAUUUGGUUUCCACGAUCUAUAG